ACUGCAAACUUUUACCUAAUGACACAGAACACAUUUUCAAAAACAUAUCAACUUAUUAUUUUGACAAAUCCUUUAAAACAUUUCCAGUAUCUCCAAAAGACAACACAACUCCUAAAACUACACCUUUUACUUUAGACUAUAUAAUCUUCCAACCAAACCAACAAUAUAUAGCAACCUUCAACAAAACCAUACUACUCUAUACACUUAAUGAACUUGCAAUUAAAGCAGAUCAAAAGUUUGCUGAAAUUAACAAUUCAGAAACCAAUUCCAAAUGA